AUGGUCGCCGUUAACAACGCCUCUGCUGCUAUCCAAUGGAACGUGAUUCGCCGUCACUCUGCCUUCCUCCACAAACGCAGAAGCAUCCGCACUCCAUUCAGCUCGGACCGCUUCAACUUGACUGGCAAGUACACCACCCGCUCGUCCGGAGUUGGAGCUGAUGCCGCUGUCUCUGUCAGAUUGACCGAAGACAACAAGGGAGUCGUUGUUGAGACCAGAAAGAGAAGCCAAGGAGCCCAACACCGUCCAGCCAGCUCUGUCCUCUCGGUUACCCACAAGUCCGGCGGUCCAAAGGCCGUCAUCAAGGCUGUUGGUGGACAAGUUAGAGCUUACGACCGCAAAUUGGCCCACAAAGCCCAGAAGAGAGCUUCUCAACUUCUCCGCUCGGUCAAGCCACGCAAGACCAAAAAGUCCAAGAAGACCACUGCUUAA